AUGUGCACCUUCACUAGUUUCGAGGCUCUAAAAGAUGACGCGCGGGAUAUCUUCAACAAGCUCGAGCAAGACGACGCGAACCAGCUCAUUCUCAUCUAUAAUCUACCGAAGCCCAUUCGCGAGCGGCUAGACAAUGAUGACAGGAACGUGUUGGAUGCAAUUCCAUUUCGAUUCAUCCGACUCAGCAGCACUAUCUUAUUCGCAAGCGAGGACGCUGGUGCGUCGAGAGAUGAAAUGAUAUGGGCCAGGAACACAACCUUUCUUACGGGCGACAAGGGUAAACAGCCCGAUGACUGUUUUCUGGGUCCAAGCCGACUACCUCCACGAGGCGAGCCGCCCAACUGGCCUACUCCCGUCAUUGAAUCCGGCAUCUCCGAGUCCAAGCUUCGAGAAGACGCCAAAUGGUGGUUUCAGAACUCGCAUGGUGCUGUUCGCACUGUGAUUACCCUGAAUAGUUACCGGACUCGAAAGACUAUUAUACUGGAGAAAUGGCAGCUCAGUCAUGCUGGCCAGCCGGUCACAACAGCCAUGGCUCAGACGUUGGACAGGUUGAUUCCUCCUAUGCCUCCACUUGGUCUUCAGAGGCUGGAAAUCCAGGUCCCGUUUAUCGCACAAGAGGCCGCCAUUACUCCUGACGCUACCAUCGGGACACUCUAUCUUCAUUUUCAGGCUUUAUUUGAUCGAGCUCCUGGACCGACGGAGCGCGACCUCGACAUUGAUGUCUCACCGCUUAUGGACCUGCUCCAAAUCUUGUAA